AUGACGAUCUGUGUUUAUAAUGUACGUACGCUCGGACCGGAAGCGGCCAUCGAAGAUCUGAUGAUGCAAGCCAGGAAAAUUAAGUACGACGCCAUCAGAGCGACCGAGACGAGACGAUGCCACCCUCUCAAAGCCUCCGAAACUGGAGAAGAACUGCUCCCAGGAACAUGGGACAGUAGAGGUGUUGGUGGAGUUAGCGUCCUCGUCAACACGACUCCAACAUCAAGCUACGAAGAAAAAGAAGUCGAAGCUUUCUAUAUGGAUCUAGAGAAGUUCUACCGUGAAGAUCAUGCCUUCUACAACGUCAUAAUUGGUGAUUUUAAUGUCACAAUUGGCCCAAGAAGGAGGCUUGAACAACUUCACAUCGGGACCCACGGCCCACAAUGGAAUGAACAGGGGGAGCUCUCCGAGUUUGUCAUGACGACUAAGACCACAAUUCGAACUAGCAAUUCCAGAACCGUUCCUCUCUACGCUGGAGAGGAUUCCGCAAUGGACAGCAUCGACGGGGAGUAUGACCGGGUUGUUGAACACCUUCAAGACUGCACGAGGAAGGCUGCGAGUUGUAAAACUACCAAGACACGCCCGUCUCUUGAAACUCUUGAGGCGAUAAGCUAG